UGCCCUCGUGCCCCGUCGAUGACCGCCGAGCGCGCGUGCACCGCGGUCUCCGGGACGCGCCGCAUGCGGGAGCUCUGCCUUCGCACGCUUCGCGCCGGCGCGGGCGCCGGCGCCGCAGUGCCCGUCACCCGCCACGCCGCGGCGGCCGUGCGCGCCGCGCUCGGCUCCUACGCCGCCACGGUGGCCGCGGCGACGUCGCUGCUCGACGGCGGCGCGGUGCCGGCCGACGACGAGAAGGCCGCGUUCGGCGCCUGCAUGGUGGGCUAUGGGCGCGCCCGCAUGGCCAUGGCGCGCGUCGCCGCCGACCUGGCGGACGGCUGCGACGGGGCCGCGGACCUCAGGGCGGGCUACACGGCGGGGCUCCGCGGCAUGGACGGCUGCAGGAGGGGCCUGCUCGGUUACCCGGCGUCGCCGCUGUACGCCAGGAACCUCGCCGACCGGAACGUGACCUUGCUCGCCGCCUUGCUCUGCAGCCUGGUGCCGGCGCCGCUGGCUUGAGCUUGUGAAUGGGUAGUCACUGGAACUGGACAGAGAGCAUCCGGUUGUAUAGCCUUAGCUUGUUGAUUGGUCUAACCAGGCGAGCGAUAAAUGUGCCAUGUUUUGCCAUUUUGGGAUCUUUGUCUCGGAUGACUGUGAAUGUUAUUGGUUAGAUUAAUUUCUUAAUUAGCCCGGCAGCGGAGCCCAUCAUUUUAUUCGUAAUCGGGUCAAA